CCCAAGUCCUCUCUCUGUGCUCGCUAUUCUUUCUCCCGCAUUCGCUAGAUAGAACCCCCAAUGCCUGGAAAAGGUGCCUUGCCCGAUGCAUGGGAUGAUGACUGGGAGUCUCUUGCUGAUAAGCAAGAGACAUCCGAUAUGAACGAAGAACCACCCGCGCCAGUCAAGAUUUCCAAAGCUGAGCGCAAAGCCAAGCAUGCCGAAUUGAACCGCCAAAUAUGGGAAUCUGCGGAGAAGCCAGAGCCAAUGCUGUUCCUUGAAGCUCGCGAUAACAUCCCCCUCAAAACUACCUUCAAACCCAGUGUCACUGUUCUCAGCCGAAAACCUCCUCCUCAGCUUCUCUCACGAAACGAUGCAAGCGCUGGCAUGGCAGGCCUGACUCUUGAAGACGACGAAGACAGUGAGGAAGAAAGGAGGAAGAAGAAUGAAGCCUCGUUCGCUGAAAGACAAGCACGUGCCCAGAAGGAGCGGGCGGAGAAGGAGCGGCGGUAUGCCGAGGCUCGAGAGAAACUGUUUGGUUCCUCGACUCUCAACGCGGAAGACUCCCGUGGUCGCUCCUCCCCGAAUAAGCACACUCGAGGCAAGGGUCGAGGUCGAGGCGGUCGCGAUAGCCAGCCAAGGUCAAGUAACGAACAGUCGCCCGCCGGCACGGGAAAUCCGGGGAGACAGCUCUACGAUCCGAGUUACUCGCCUAAGCCCAAUUCGGUGUACAUACAGAAGAAGGAAUUCAGUGGUAGUCGACCAGAAACGCCUAGUGACCUACAGCAACCUAUUCGCGAGCCCCGUGGCCCUGGAAGAGGAGGAAAAGGCUUCGCUCCCAGGGGAAAUAGGACGGGUUCUGCCGUCUGACUAUUCCUUAGAAGGGUCUUCUCCAUGUCAAGGCCACCAGAGUCUGAGGCUUGAUUCGCUGGUAGUUGCUCUUCUCGGUCCGCAUUCCUGCGGACGGAGAUCGACACCCUCAAGAAUUCGUGGAAAGCAAGAUUUACGAUGAAUUG